UGGAAAUUGUACACAACUUUCAAGCCAAAGAGGCACAAAAGACAACAUCCAACCAAUCCAUCCCUCUCUCUCUCUCUCUCCUUGAGACGACCAUGCAGCGGCGGCGGAGUGGACGUGCGGCUGCGGCUCGUGCGCGGGACGUGACCGCUGCUGCGAUUGCACAGAUCCGACCCACGCGCGGGUCAGCGUCAUCAUCGAGGAAGCAGUCGCUCACCAACGAGGAGGAUGUGGAUGAGCUGAGCCAAGACCCGCUCUUGGACGACGAUGACGGCGAUGGUGAAGAGGAGGAGGAGGAGGAAGAGGAAGAGGAAGAAGAGGAGGAAGAGGAGGAGGAGGAAGAGGAAGAGGAAGAAGAGGAGGAAGAGGAGGAGGAGGAGGAAGAAGAAGAAGCAGAAGCAGAAGAAGAUGUGGAUUGGAACGCGGGUUCUGGGAUUGGCUCCUUUUCCCGCGCCAACUUGACAUCCCGACAGCGAGCGAUGCAAGGCAAAGGUGCAGACAUGGAGCUCCUCUCCCUUCCAAUGACGCGACGAAAGAAGCCAAAGUUGACGGAGGAAGAGGAGAUGGAGCGGGAGGCGCGGCGGCAGGCAAACGUCGAGCGACGAAAGGUGCUCGUGCAGAAGCGACUGGAGGAAGAGCGACGCGCUGUGGUGGAGAAGCUCACGAAACAGCAGGAGCACAGCAAGUCUGUACGCCAGGAGGACACGCAGCGGCACCGGCGCCACGGGGCUGCGGAGGGAUAUGACCGCACGAUCUUGCGCAGCAGCGGCGCCGUCAUGGCAUUUACAGACGACAGCCGCAACAUCAUGAAGCCCUGGGCAAGCGUGCCUCCGCCCGCCCCAAAGCCGUGCAGCAACCCAAACUGCAGCAAUGCCAGCAAAUAUGCCUGCAAGCAUUCGCAUGCCCGCGUGUGCAGUAUCCAGUGCUAUCGUCUUAUGGAGACAGCAUGACCCUCAUGUGUGUGUCUGUGUGAGAGAGAUAGAGAGAGAGAGUGUGUGUGUGUGUGUGUCUGCCUAUGCUUCUGCGUGUGUAUGUGUGUCUGUGUGUGUGUGUGUGUUUCUGUGUGUGUCGACGUAUCCCCUGUGGUUGUUCAAUCGCCACUGUGGCGUCUCGACAACGCUCUUCGAGUGGUCUCAAUGCAUCAAGCAGCAGUCACGUGCAUUUAUGGUUAUCUGCACUCUCGCUCCCUUGCGCUGUUACCUUUAUUCCCACACUUCUUUGCUCUUGCUCCUCUGUACACACGCAGCAAUGAAUCCUAACAUAAACGCGUCAGCAACCACA